GAUCCGCGACUGACAACAAACAUGGACGCAAACUGCACAUUGGUUUGCUGUGAAGAGGAGAGAGAAGACGAUAAAGCUGUUAUCGUUCAGUUCUCUAACGGCAACCUGAGGAACACAGAGCAGCUGGACUUCAGCUUCUAUAAGAACGUGGACGAGACCAACCCGAGGAAGAAGAACCGACGCAUGCUGGUUGCAGAAUCACAGAGACUCUCAUAUGUUGGGAGUAACUUUGGAACAGAAGCCCUAAAAUGCAACAACCUUUGCAAGUAUUAUGUGGGGGUGCUGAACAAGGAGACCAUGAGGAUGGAGGUUCACAGCGCUCAACUAUUCAACAUGCAGCCCGUCAUCCCAGGGGAGUCGUCGACAGAGAACGAUACGUCCCAGAACACAGAUCUUACAUACAGGGAAAAGGUGGACUCUCUGAUCGAAGCGUUUGGCACCAACAAGCAGAAGAGAGCUCUGUCUUCCAGGAGGCUGAACCAGGUGGGCAGUGAGGCCCUGCAGAGCGCUGUGGCCAAGGCUGCCCACUCCAUCAUAGACCAGAAGGGCCUGAAAGCUCUGCAGCAGGAGGUGGUCCAGUCCCAGUCUGGAGUUUCUCAUUACCUUCCCCCCUGUUACCACGACGCUGACACACCUCAACACGUCUACCUGUUUGACGACAUCCUGUCUCCGGUGGAGUACGAUGCCCUGGAUGCUGCUGGUUCCAAGAUGGCCGCCCUGACCCCUGAGGAACUACAAAACAUAACAGACGGAGGGUGUCAGAGCGUGGUGCGUCACUUGGAGAGCCUGCCCAGAGAGGGCGUGGCCAGAGAGAGACAGGCGCGCUGUGCCUUCUACCUCCUCAUGAUGCUCAAACUGGCACGGCAGAGACACAUCAAUCGCAAGUUCGGGCAGGAGGAGGGCUGUCCUCGUAUCAUCCACACCAAGCUGAUGAGGACCUUCACCGUGGAGACCUUCAAUAACGGCAGGGUGCAGAACGUGGUGUCUACGUCGAUGCGUGUGAAGAUGGCAGCGUACUGCCUGGCCCUGCUGCUCCACAUGGGAGACAUGACCUCUGACCUCACACUGCUACACAGAGACCUGGGGGUCACAGAGAAACGGAUCGUGGAGGUGGCCAAGUCGAUGGGGUUGACCCUGGUCAGACAUGGCUGUGUGAAGGGGAACGAUGGGGCGACAGCUGAAAACAGACUGGCCACUCUGGUGCUGCCCCUCGUCAAAUACCAACCGUUCAUAGAGAUACGCAAACGCAAAAAAAUGCAUUAGAGGAAGACGAGGAAGACGAGGGUAACGCUUCGAACACACCGACAGCGUCAUUGAGCUAAAUAGUACGCAGCAUCGUCUGGUUCUGUCUGCAACCGAAGUUCAACAUUCACCUUCUGCUACCGUUUCUGUCAAUCCGUCUGCAGCAGACAGUUUGACGCGUCUGACGUUACGCACCACACAGAACGCACUGCAACGCAGGGCUGCUAGGAUAACGCAGCGUUUUCAUUGGAUAUGAAGGUACUUCUGGUGUACCAGAAUGUAAUGACGCUGUCGGUGUGUUCGAAGUGUAAGGAGAAGGGGAGAGGAAGACAUGGGUAAGGAGGAAGAGAGGAGGGGAGAGGAAGACAUGGGUAAGGAGGAAGAGAGAAGGGGAGAGGGUAAAUAUUCCUAGAGAGGGGAGGGGAGGAAGACGGGGGUAAGGAGG